UGUCACAUUGAAUGGUUUAAAUUUUCAUCAGUCAUGCUUCUAAUAAUAAAUCGUGGUUGUUUAACCAAAUACUGUUCCAUACUGAGGAGUAGUUCGUUUUGUACCUCUUCAUGCACUCGUCAAGUAAAGGAUGGACCAACCAAGGCAAUGUAUGAUAGAAUGAUCAGAGUCGAUCAUGCAGGGGAACUUGGUGCCAAUCGAAUAUAUGCUGGACAGCUGGCUAUUUUACGUAAAACUGAUGUUGGCCCAAUCAUUGAAGAAAUGUGGGAACAAGAAAAAGUUCAUUUAGCAAAAUUUAAUGAACUUAUACCUAAGCAUAGAGUGCGUCCCACUGUAUUAACUCCAGUAUGGAAUGUCGCAGGAUGGGUACUAGGUGCUGGAACUGCUCUUAUGGGAAAAGAAGCUGCAAUGGCUUGCACUGUAGCUGUUGAAGAAACUAUUACGGAACAUUAUAAUGAUCAACUUCGAGAACUUUUAGCAAGGGAGGAUUCCUCGGAGCAUCAAGAACUUCUUGAUACAAUCAAACAAUUUCGUGAUGAGGAAAUGGAACACCAUGAUAUAGGAAUUGACCAUGAUGCACUAAAUGCACCUUUUUAUUCAGUUUUGAAAAAUGUAAUACAAGCGGGAUGCAAGGUUGCAAUAUUUGCAUCUGAAAGAAUUUGACAUCCGUAAAUGGAGCUUUGAACUUAUAGAAAAUCAAAAGCGAUAAUUUAUUUUUUUCGACUGCCUCCAUACUAUAUUCCAGACCAAAACUGAAUUAUUUUUCAAUUCCGUAAAUUCACAAAUAGUCAAAUACAUCGAAAAACACUGUGCAAGUUACUAAUCAAUUAUUCAGUUACCAAUCUUGGAUGCAUGGCAUAAUAGUUAAUGUUCUUUUUCUAAAGUGAUGCCAAUAGUGAAAUACCUGAGCGGAAAUUCUACGAAGUUGCGAUGGUUUUGCUAUUAGUUAUUGAAACCUAAUGUUUAUAAUGUGACCAAGCUCGCAAUUUUAAUACAGGUAAUACUUACCAUAAUUGUAACCCUUUUCGAUAAAAACAAACAGGAAAAGCAAUUUAACUUUUUUGUCUUUAUUCAAGGAUGUUCCCUCAACAAUCAUGUAGUUAAUAAAUAUGUUUUGAGAGUGCGAGGAAUGGUAAAAAAUUUGAUAUAUAAUAUUUGAAGCUGAUAAAAUCAUGCUUCUAUACAUCCAACAAAGUUAUAUACUCAGUUGGCAGUUGGCGCAUUACAAAUAAUGUAAUACUGGUAUUCAAAUCUACUUCAAUUAUUUUAUUAAUUAAUAUAGUUUCUCGAUGUGAAGUAACACUGCGAUCACUUUUAUAAAUGUGAAGUAACACUCCGAUCACUUUUAUAGUUUCCUUUGCUUUCAUUUUUAG